GUCGAGAAAAGCUAGAAGAAAACGUAAUAAAAGAACAUUCAACAUGAAGCAAAAGAUCACGAUUAGUUUGCCGGUAAACAGCGAUAAAUGCCGGGCAAAGGCUAUGCAAAUUGCAGUAUCUACUCCAGGGGUGAUCUCGGUUACUAGUGAUGCAGAUAAAAACCAGUUGGUGGUUACCGGCAACGGCGUCGAUUUCUUUGAGUUAAUGAAGUGCUUGAAGAGGAAAUUCAGAUGCGCCAGCAUUGUCUCCAUUGAAGAAGUGAAGCCGCCGGAGAAGAAAGACGAUAAGAAAGACGAUAAGAAAGACGACAAGAAAGACGAUAAGAAGAAAGAUGAGAAGAAGGAAGAUGAGAAGGAGAAGAAAGUGGAAUGCUGCAAAACUUGCCGUUAUCCUUGUCCUUGUCCUUGUCCGCCGCCGGGUUACUACAAUCCGUGCGUACAGUACUAUCCGGUGUGUCAACCAGUUUACGACUCCAAUCCAACUUGCUCCAUUCAAUGAAGUCAUGAAAAAUUGGAAAGUGGAAUAAUUAACUUCCUCAGCUCAGUAUACUGUGGGUUUUGUUUUUUUGUGGCUAGAAAAAAUUUACAAUCAUUAUUUAAAGGUGUAUAUUAAGUAAAUUCUAUUAAUUUUCAUACAUUUACAUUUACUAUCCUCUGCCUAGAAAUUGUUAAUAAAGCCACUUGUACAAAUAAUGAUGUGUAUGUAGGCCGGGGCAAAUAAACUCUUCUACUUAGUAGAGUUUUAUGUAUAUUUAGAAAUAAAAUUAUAUGCAUUUUGUC